AUGAUUCUUGCCCAGGACUUGGAAUGUAAGUCUUUUCAUGUUUGGUUGACAGCUGAGGACACAUGUGGUGGUACUCUGAGGGGUUCAAGUGGCAUCAUUUCGAGUCCCAAUUUCCCGAGUGAAUAUUACAAUAGUGCGGACUGUACGUGGACCAUACUUGCUGAUCCCGGAGACACCAUCUCCAUCAUUUUUACAGACUUCCAGACGGAGGAAAAAUACGACUACUUGGAAGUGGAGGGGUCCGAGCCGCCGACAGUAUGGUUAUCUGGAAUGAAUAUGCCAUCUCCUAUUGUCAGCAACAAGAACUGGCUGAGGCUACACUUUGUAACUGACAGCAACCAUCGAUACAGAGGCUUUAGUGCCCAUUAUCAAGUGAAAAGGUCGGUAGAUUUUAAAUCUAGAGGAGUAAAAUUAUUUCCUGGCAAAGACAACAACAACAAGUUUUCUAUCUGUGAGUCCACCCUUUGUUACUCUUUUAUGGUAAAUUUGUGGUAUGCUCUUUUUGUUGUUUUUGGCUUGUUUGUUUGUUUGUUUGUUUUUCCUUUUUCACUUUGUUUUGCAUUUUUGUGUUGUGUUGUUGGUGUGGUUCAUGCUUUCGUCUCGAAUUCAUUUUUUUCAUUGCUUUAUUUGGGCAUCGUUCUCCUAAGCAUUGGUGCCACAGCCCAGUUUACCUGUGAUGAAGACUACGUGUUACAGGGCUCUAAGAGCAUCACAUGUCAGAGAGUAGCCGAAGUGUUUGCCGCCUGGAGCGACCACAGACCUGUAUGCAGAGUAAAGACAUGUGGAUCAAAUCUUCAAGGUCCUUCAGGAACGUUUACUUCUCCAAAUUUUCCUAUUCAAUAUGAGAGCAACUCCCAGUGUGUGUGGAUCAUUACAGCCAGUAACCCAAACAAGGUGAUUCAGAUUAACUUUGAGGAAUUUGACCUAGAGCUCGGUUAUGACACACUAACUAUUGGAGAUGGUGGAGAAGUAGGAGACCCCCGGACAAUCCUGCAAGUGCUGACGGGCAGCUUUGUUCCGGACCUCAUUGUCAGCAUGACCUAUCAGAUGUGGCUUCAUCUUCAGUCUGAUGAAAGCGUUGGCUCCAUUGGUUUCAAGAUUAACUACAAAGAAAUUGACAAGGAGAGUUGUGGCGACCCUGGCACACCUCUCUACGGGAUGAGGGAAGGAGAUGGUUUCUCUAAUGGAGAUGUACUGCGCUUUGAGUGUCAGUUCGGCUUUGAGCUGAUUGGAGAGAAGACCAUUUCCUGCCAGAACAACAACCAGUGGUCUGCCAACAUCCCAAUCUGCAUCUUUCCCUGUCUCUCCAACUUUACUGCUCCUAUGGGCACAGUCCUUUCUCCUGAUUACCCAGAAGGCUAUGGGAACAACCUUAACUGUGUGUGGCUGAUUCUAUCAGAGCCAGGUAGCCGCAUCCAUUUGGCCUUCAACGACUUUGAUCUGGAGGCUCCUUAUGACAUCCUGACAGUGAAGGACGGUGAGCUGCUGGACUCUGCUGUCUUGGGCCGCUUCACUGGAGCCGAGGUUCCUUCCCACCUCACCAGCAACAGCAACAUCCUCCGUCUGGAGUUCCAGGCCGACCACUCCAUGUCCGGCCGAGGCUUUAACAUCACCUACAGCACAUUUGGCCAUAACGAGUGUCCGGAUCCUGGAAUUCCUUUAAAUGCCCGGAGAUUUGGUGACAGUUUUCAUCUAGGCAGCUCGAUUUCCAUCAUCUGUGAAGAUGGCUUCAUUAAGACACAGGGAGCAGAGACUGUGACCUGUGAGCUGAGCACCGGCAAGGUGAUGUGGAGCGGACCUAUCCCAAAGUGUGAAGCUCCUUGUGGCGGUCACUUCUCUGCCCCGAGUGGUGUCAUCUUGUCUCCUGGUUGGCCGGGCUAUUACAAAGACUCUCUCAGCUGUGAAUGGGUCAUAGAGGCUGAACAAGGGCGCUCUAUCAAGAUCACAUUCGAAAAGUUUCAGACAGAGCUGAACUGUGAUUUCCUGGAGAUCCACGAUGGGUCUAAUCUUCUGUCUCCAUUGAUCAGUUCAUUUAAUGGCACACAGGUGCCUCAGUUUCUGUUCAGCAGCAGCAACCACCUCUACAUGCUCUUUACCACCGACAACAGCCGCUCAAACAGCGGUUUCAAGAUCCUCUAUGAGAGUGUGACAGUGGAUGCCUACUCCUGUCUGGAUCCUGGGAUUCCUGUCAACGGUUUGCGCUAUGGCCAGGACUUCUCCAUCGGAUCCACAGUUUCUUUUGGCUGUGACUCUGGCUACCGACUGAGCCAUGAGGAGCCCCUGGUCUGUGAGAAGAAUCACUGGUGGAGUCACCCUCUACCCACUUGUGAUGCACUAUGUGGAGGUGAUGUGAGAGGACCAGGUGGUACCAUUUUGUCUCCGGGUUACCCUGAGGUUUACCCAAGCUCUCUCAACUGCACCUGGACUGUAGAGGUCAGCCAUGGCAAAGGAGUUCAGUUCAACUUUAACACCUUCCAUCUGGAGGACCACCACGACUAUCUGCUCAUCACAGAGAACGGGAGUUUUGUGCAGCCUCUCGCUCGCCUCACAGGUUCUGAGCUUCCUUCGCCUAUCAACGCAGGCCUUUACGGCAAUUUCAAGGCCCAGCUGCGUUUCAUCUCUGAUUUCUCCAUCUCCUACGAGGGCUUCAACAUCACAUUCUCAGAGUACAAUCUUGAGCCGUGUGAGGAUCCAGGAGUGCCACAGUCUGGCCACCGUAAUGGUUACAGUUUUGAUAUUGGGGAUACACUUACUUUCUCUUGCAACAUGGGCUAUCGUUUGGAGGGGGCGCCAGAGAUCAUUUGCCUUGGAGGGGGCCGGCGCAUGUGGAGCGCACCUCUGCCAAGGUGUGUGGCUGAGUGCGGCUCAUCUGUCUUCAACAAUGAAGGGAUUCUCUUGUCACCAAAUUACCCGAUGAACUACGACAACAACCAUGAGUGCAUCUACAGUAUCCAAGUGCAGGCUGGGAAAGGAAUCAACAUAUCGGCCAGAACCUUUCAUCUGGCCCAGGGGGACAUCUUGAAGAUCUAUGAUGGUAAAGACAACACAGCCCAUGUGCUGGGAGCCUUCACAGGUUCGGCAAUGCUGGGCUUGACUCUUAUCAGCACUUCCAACCAUCUGUGGCUGGAGUUUUACUCAGACACUGAGGCCACAGGAGAAGGAUUCAAACUCGUCUACUCUAGCUUUGAGCUGUCACACUGUGAGGAUCCUGGCGUGCCCCAGUUUGGCUUCAAGGUAAAUGACCAGGGCCACUUCUCUGGCAGCACCAUCACCUACAAGUGUGACCCAGGCUACACACUGCAUGGCAGCAGCAUACUCAAGUGCAUGACAGGGGAGAGACGUGCCUGGGACAACCCUCUGCCAUCAUGUAUAGCCGAAUGCGGAGGACGUUUUAAAGGCGAGUCAUCAGGCCGUAUCCUGUCCCCUGGUUACCCGUUCCCUUACGACAACAACUUGCGCUGCACUUGGGUCAUCGAGGUCGAUUCAGGCAACAUCGUCAGUCUGCAGUUCCUGGCGUUUGAUACAGAGGCUUCCCAUGACAUCCUGAAAGUAUGGGACGGCCCUCUGGAGAAUGAGAUGUCUCUGAGGGAAUUAAGUGGCUCUCUCCUACCAGAGGGCAUCCACAGCACCCUUAACAUGGUGACCAUCCAGUUUGAGACUGACUUCUAUAUCAGCAAGUCUGGCUUUGCUAUUGAAUUUUCCAGCUCAGUUGCUACGGCCUGCAGGGAUCCAGGGGUGCCCAUGAAUGGCACUCGCAAUGGAGAUGGAAGGGAGCCUGGGGACACUGUGACUUUUCAGUGUGACCCAGGAUAUGAGCUACAAGGUGAGAUGAAGAUCACAUGCAUACAAGUGGAGAAUCGCUACUACUGGCAACCCAGCCCACCAGUCUGUAUAGCUCCAUGUGGUGGGAAUUUGACUGACUCUUCCGGCUUUAUCCUAUCUCCCAACUAUCCUCACCCAUACCCUCACAGCAAAGACUGUGACUGGCUCAUAGUCGUCAACUCUGACUACGUCCUCUCACUGGCAUUCAUUAGCUUCAGCAUUGAGCCCAACUAUGACUUUCUGUACAUAUAUGAUGGGAUGGACAGCAACAGCCCUCUGAUCGGCAGCUUCCAGGACAGCAAGCUUCCUGAGCGGAUCGAGAGCAGCUCCAAUGCCAUGUACCUGGCCUUUCGAAGUGACGGUUCUGUCAGCUACGCCGGCUUUCACCUGGAGUACAAAGCCAAGCUCAGGGAGUCAUGCUUCGACCCAGGCAAUGUGAUGAACAGCACGAGGUUGGGCAGUGACUACAAAUUGGGCUCCACGGUGACAUUCUACUGUGAAGCAGGCUACAUGCUCCAGGGCUACUCCACCCUCACAUGCAUCAUGGGGGAUGAUGGCAGGCCUGGUUGGAAUAGGGCCUUGCCCAGCUGUCAGGCACCUUGUGGUAGUCGCUCCACUGGCUCUGAGGGAACCGUUCUGUCGCCAAACUUCCCCAGGAACUACACUGCAGGCCACAGCUGUGUGUACUCCAUCUCUGUGCCCAGGGAGUUUGUUCUAUUCGGUCAGUUUGUGCUGUUUCAAACAUCUCUGAAUGAUGUGGUUGACAUUUACGACGGACCCACGCAGCAGUCCCCUCUACUCUCCUCACUGUCAGGCUCUCACUCAGGAGAGUCAUUGCCCUUAAGUACUGGAAACCAGAUAACUAUCAAAUUCACUACUGUUGGACCAGAAACUGCCAAAGGCUUUCACUUUGUGUAUCAAGCCGUACCACGGACCAGUGCCACACAGUGCAGCUCAGUGCCCGAGCCUCGCUUCGGCAGGCGGGUUGGUAAUGACUUCUCUGUGGGCUCAGCUGUGAUGUUUGAGUGCAACCCAGGCUACACUCUGCAAGGCUCCACGGCUAUCCGCUGUGAAACAGUUCCCGAUGCCCUGGCACAGUGGAACGACACCCUGCCCACCUGCAUGGUGCCAUGCGGAGGGGUUUUAAUGGCACGUAAGGGCACCAUCCUGUCCCCAGGCUACCCUGAACCUUAUGACAACAAUCUAAACUGUGUGUGGAAGGUGUCAGUGCCCGAGGGAGCUGGAAUCCAGAUCCAAGUGGUGAGUUUUGCCACUGAACACAAUUGGGAUUCUCUGGAUUUCUAUGAUGGAGCUGACAACAACGCACCCAGACUGGGCAGUUAUUCAGGGACAACCAUUCCUCAGUUGCUGAACAGCACGUCCAACAACCUUUACCUGAACUUUGUAUCUGACAUCAGUGUUUCAGCAGCAGGCUUCCAUCUGGAAUACACAGCAAUUGGUCUUGAUUCUUGUCCAGAGCCUCAGACUCCUACUUAUGGUAUCAAAGUGGGAGACCGCUACAUGGUGGGAGAUGUAGUUAUGUUUCAGUGUGAACAGGGAUAUUCUUUACAGGGCAAUGCUCACAUAACAUGUAUGCCAGGACCGGUGAGGAGAUGGAAUUACCCUGUGCCACUCUGCCUUGCUCAGUGUGGAGGAUCCCUGACUGAAAUGAGCGGUGUGAUCCUGAGCCCUGGAUAUCCUGGAAAUUACCCCAGUGGUCUUGACUGCACCUGGACUGUCACCUUACCCAUUGGCUUUGGAAUCCACCUGCAGUUUUUUAACUUCUCCACCGAGGCUAUCCAUGACUAUCUGGAAAUCCGAAGUGGGACAGCAGAGACAAGUGCCGUGAUUGACAGGUUCAGUGGGCCUCAGGUGCCAGAAUCUCUGUUCAGCACCACCCAUGAGACAAGCUUCUUCUUCCAUAGUGAUUAUUCACAGAACAAGCCUGGAUUCCACAUUACAUACCAGGCCUACCAGCUUCAGAGCUGUCCCGACCCACGACCCUUCAGGAAUGGCAUCGUGAUUGGCAGUGACUUUAGUGUCGGGAUGACAGUGUCGUUCGAAUGCCUGCCAGGUUAUUCCCUAAUUGGAGAGACCUCUCUCACCUGCCUUCAUGGCACAAGUCGCAACUGGAACUUCCCUGUGCCACGCUGUGAAGCACUGUGUGGAGGAAACAUUACUUCAAUGAAUGGCACAAUCUUUUCCCCCGGCCACCCGGCUGAGUACCCGAACUUCCAGGACUGCGUGUGGAGCGUGAGGGUUCCCCCUGGCAAUGGCAUCUACAUCAACUUCACUGUCCUCAGCACGGAGCCCAUCUAUGACUACAUCACUGUGUGGGAUGGACCAGACCAAAGCUCACCACAGAUUGGGCAGUUCAGUGGGAACACAGCUCUGGAGUCGGUGUACAGCACUUCUAACCAGAUCCUCAUCAAGUUCCACAGUGACUUCAGUGGCAGCGGCUUCUUCGUCCUGAGCUACCAUGCCUACCAGUUACGGGUGUGUCAACCUCCUCCAGAAGUGGCCAAUGCAGAUGCUCUAAUGGAAGACACAGAGUUUGAGAUUGGUGAUAUUAUCCGUUAUCGCUGUCACCCCGGGUUCACCCUGGUGGGGAGCGAGAUUCUUACAUGUCGGCUGGGUGAGAGGCUGCAGAUGGAUGGCCCCCCUCCCUCCUGCCAGGUGCAAUGUCCAGCUCACGAUGUGCAUUUUGACUCAACUGGAGUGAUAUUGAGCCCCAGCUAUCCAGACAGCUACCCCAACCUGCAGAUGUGCUCAUGGAGUAUCAACGUGGAGAAAGGCUACAACAUCACUCUACACUUCGAGUUUUUCCAGACGGAGAAGGAAUACGACAUUCUCGAAGUUUUUGAUGGACCUACAAUCCACAGUCAGACCCUGGCCACUCUGAGUGGUGACAUUGCCACUCCUUUCAACAUCACCACCACUGGCCAUCAGCUCCUGCUGCGCUGGUCGGCUGACCACGGCACCAAUAAGAAGGGCUUCCGAAUCCGCUAUGUCGCUCUGUACUGCAGCACCCCAGAUUCACCGCUCCAUGGCUCCAUCAGCAGUCAGACAGGAGGGCAUCUGAACAGCCAAGUUCGCUGGGCCUGUGAUCGCGGCUAUCGCCUCAUUGGCAAGAGCACAGCUGUCUGCAGGAAGACGCCUUAUGGCUACUACACAUGGGACGCACCGGUACCUGCCUGCCAGGCUGUGUCCUGUGGGGUGCCUAAGGCUCCAGUGAAUGGGGGCGUGCUGGCUGUGGAUUACUCGGUGGGAACACGUGUGACCUACUUCUGCAAUGAUGGUUACCGGCUCUCCUCCAAGGAACUGACCAGCGCUGCGUGCCAGCCUGAUGGCACCUGGAGCACCCACAACAAGAUUCCUCGAUGCUCAGUUGUUGUUUGCCCUAGCAUUGGAUCCUUUUCUCUGGAGCAUGGACGAUGGCGAAUUGUCAAUGGUUCACAUUAUGAGUACAGGACUAAAAUCAUCUUUACCUGUGACCCUGGCUACUACCGCUUGGGACCCGCCCACAUCCAGUGCAUGGCCAAUGGGGUGUGGAGCUGGAGGAAUGAGCGGCCUCACUGUCAGAUAAUUUCCUGUGGAGACCUACCCACACCUGCCAACGGGCAGAAGAUUGGGACACAGACUACCUUUGGGGCAACAGCCAUCUUUACGUGCGAGGCUGGCUUUAUGCUGGUAGGCUCAACUGUGAGAGAGUGCCUGUCGUCUGGCCUGUGGAGCGGAACAGAGACGCGAUGCCUAGGGGGUCACUGUGGGUUGCCCGAACAGAUUGUGAAUGGUCAGGUGAUCGGGGAAAAUUUUGGCUACAGGGACACGGUGGUAUACCAGUGCGCCCCAGGCUUCCGGCUCAUUGGUUCCUCAGUGCGCAUCUGCCAGCAAGACCACAACUGGUCCGGACAGCUGCCCAUCUGCAUCCCCAUCAGUUGUGGGCACCCAGGCAGCCCCAUCUACGGACGCACCAUAGGCAAUGGCUUUAACCUGAAUGAUGUGGUGAGCUUCUCCUGCAACACGGGCUAUGUGAUGGAGGGCCCAGUGCGGGCUCAGUGCCAGGCCAACCGCCAGUGGAGUCAGCCACCACCAACAUGUAAAGUGGUCAACUGCUCUGAUCCUGGGAUCCCAGCCAACUCCAUCAGGCAAAGCAAGAUUGAGCAUGGCAACUUCACCUUUGGCACAGUGGUCUUUUAUGACUGUAACCCAGGCUACUACCUGUUUGGCUCACCCAUCCUCACCUGCCAGCCUACCGGCCAAUGGGACAAGCCUCUGCCUGAAUGCAUUGUGGUGGACUGCGGACACCCCGGAUCUCCUCCCAAUGGAAUACUGAGUGGAGACAAGUUCACUUUUGGCUCAACAGUGCGUUACUCGUGUACAGGUGGCCGGCAGCUGAAGGGCGAAUCCUCCCGAACCUGCCAGCUCAAUGGCCAUUGGAGUGCACCAAUGCCCUUCUGCUCAGGUGAUUCAUCAGGGACAUGUGGAGAUCCAGGUGUGCCCUCUCACGGGAGCAGGGAGGAGAGUGAUUUUCGGAUCCGCAGCAAGGUGCAUUUCAGCUGUUCCACAGGCUAUGUGCUCUUCGGUUCCUCCGAGAGGAUGUGCUUACCCAAUGGCACCUGGUCCGGAACUCAGCCUUCCUGCAAACCGGUGCAAUGUGGCAACCCUGGAACUCCCAGUAAUGGCAGAGUGUACCGGCUGGACGGCACUACCUUCUCCCACUCGGUUAUCUACUCAUGUAUAGAGGGCUACCUGCUAAGUGGCUCCAGCGCACGCCAGUGCCAGGCCAAUGGCACGUGGUCCGGCACAGCACCCAACUGCUCCAUGAUUAACUGCGGUGAACCUGGAGUCCCAGCCAAUGGGGUGAGGUAUGGCGAGGACUUCACUAUUGGACAAAAUGUCACCUUUGCGUGCCAGCCUGGAUACACCAUGGAAACAGAGGGCUUUUCUACUAUCACCUGCACUGGAAAUGGCACCUGGAGUGCCCCAGUGCCCUUCUGCAAAGCUGUGACAUGCACCGCUCCACCCCUCAUCUCUAACGGACUGUUGGAGGGCAGUGACUUUGAGUGGGGCACCAGUGUGAGCUACAGCUGCUCUCCAGGUUAUGAACUUUCUUUCCCUGCCAUCCUCACCUGUGUGGGAAAUGGCACCUGGAGUGGAGAGGUGCCCCAGUGCCUGCCAAAGUUCUGUGGGGAUCCAGGAAUCCCAGCCCAUGGUUUUCGAGAAGGCCGUAGCUUCAUCUACCAGUCUGAGGUGUCAUUCAGCUGCAGCACCCCCUAUAUCCCAGUGGGCAGCACAACCCGCUUCUGCCAGGCUGAUGGCACCUGGAGUGGUUUCCAGCCUCGCUGCAUAGAGCCAACCCGCACCACCUGUGAGAAUCCAGGGACACCUCGCUACGGCUCUAUGAACAGGACCUUUGGCUUCAAGGUUGGAAGCAUGGUGGCCUUCCAGUGCCAGCCAGGACACUUGCUUCAGGGCUCCACCACUCGACUGUGCCAGGCUGAUCUCACCUGGAGCGGCACCCAGCCAGAGUGCAUCCCCCAUAGUUGUAAGCAGCCAGAGAGCCCACCCCAUGUGGAAGUGGUGGGGAUGGACCUACCUGGCUAUGGCUACACUCUCAUCUACACCUGCCAGAGUGGUUUCUUCAUGUCUGGAGGUUCUGAGCAUCGAGUCUGCAGGUCUGAUGGCACAUGGACAGGGAAGAUGCCUAUGUGUCGAGCUGGCUCCAAGCUAUCAGAGAAGCCUGUUAAGCCAGUCCCUGGUACGCCAAGUCCCAAGCUAAAUGUCCCAGAUGAUGUAUUUGCUCCAAACUACAUAUGGAAGGGCUCAUAUAACUACAAGGGAAGAAAGCAACCAAUGACUCUGAGUAUCACAAGCUUUAAUACAACGACGGGUAGAGUUAACGUCACAUUAACUAGUAGCAACAUGGAGCUGCUGCUUUCAGGUGUCUACAAGAGCCAGGAAGCGAGGUUGAUGCUGCUUGUAUAUGACGUGCAAGCGUCCUCUACCACCACACUAACCAGGAUGAAGGAGGAACAGUGGUCUCUGGAUGGUUUUGUAUCUCCAGAACCUGAUGGUACCACCUAUGUCUUUCAAGGCUUUAUACAGGGUAAAGACUAUGGCCAGUUUGGUCUACAAAGGCUGGGUUUGAACAUGUCGGAAAGUAAUAACUUGUCAAAUCCACCGCAUGGUACAAACAGUAGCUCUGUGGCCAUAGCAAUCCUUGUGCCUUUUUUCGCCCUGAUUUUUGCAGGCUUUGGAUUUUACCUCUACAAACAGAGGACUACCCCUAAAACUCAGUACACAGGUUGCUCAGUGCACGAGAACAACAACGGGCAGGCUGCCUUCGAGAACCCCAUGUACAAUACCAACGCAAAGUCAGUGGAGGGCAAAGCCGUCCGUUUUGACCCUAAUCUAAACACAGUCUGCACAAUGGUAUAAUGAGGACCACUGGACACAAUAACAAUGUUGGUUUGUUUUUGUUUUGGGGUUUUUUUCAAGCUUUUGUGGGGUUUUUUUGUUUGUUUGUUUGUUUUUUGGUUUUUUAACAAACCCAGUGGAUAUAAUGGUGUCCCAGGCAGGGAUGAAUUUCACUGAUACUGGCAGAGAAUGUCCAACAGAUGCACUGUUACCCUUCCUGUGAUAUUUAAAGCACACUCUUCAGGAACUCUGAUUUGACCAUGUGCAUCUACAGAGGACAUGGAAUAUAAUGAUGGGUAUACCAAUUAAAGGGUUUUUUUUUUCUAGUCUGCCCCUUACAAACCUAAAAAUCUUCACGGCAGAAAGCGUGGAGAGUUAUUCCAUUUGCACUCUAUGAGUGCUUCUUCACAUUCAACUGGGUCUUUUUUUAAGGAAAAGGGAUCUGUAAAUCCAAUCGCGUAUAUACAAGGAUCAGCCACCAUCUAUAUUUUUGUGCUGUGUACCACAUGGGUGAUUGAAGGUCAAUAGCAAUUACUGAGAGUUUAUGAAGAAAAUUGUACUGUUUGUAUUGAAGGAAAUAAAUAUUUGUUGGUUAAUUCUUUGGUGAUAAUGAUACUUUCUUUCUCAAUUGUUUAACAAACAUUCCCCUUAGCUCUUAGUUCUCACUGUACAUUUGUAUCUUUGUUUGGAUCUUGAGGUGGGCUGUGAUGUGUGAUGUGUUACAGCGAGCAAGCAGAUGUGUCAAAGGCUGACAUUUUAACUGUGGAUUUAACGCUGGAUUUUCUUUACCUCCUCCCCGUUUUUAUUUUUACUUUUUCAAACCGCUCUUGUUUCUUAGUUCAGUUUUCUGUGUUGGUUCGCACGACUAUGACCUCUCGGACAAAUGUCAGCGUUUUGGACCUGAAGUCUGCAGAUGACAUUAUGAGUUUAUUGUCCUAAUUGUUCUUUCAAUGGGAAAGUGUCAUUGUGCUCCAUCACAUUUCAGCUAAAUUUAUCUAGCGUUUGAUCAUUUGUUCAUUGACAUCAUUUCAUUUGUAUGAUUGCAGUUGUUGGUAUAAAAUUUGCAUAGAAUGAAAUGCAUUUGGCACUUGUACUUAGAUUUUUAUACAAACUCCGAUUACAUCAGCAUUGAUUAGCAUGCAUGCGUUAAAUAUGUAAUGUGGCAGCAGUGUGACAUGUUUAUCAAGUCCAUAUGGGCCGAGGAGCACAGUUCUGAUUCAGUCUGACAUUGACAUGACAUAAAUAUUCAUUACGGGCAACGCGACGAUAUUAUGGCUUGGGUGUAUAAUCAAUUUUUAAAUUCAGCUGAUUUAAUAAUAUUGUUUGUCAUUAUUCAAACAGUGAUGCAAUUUCUCUGAUAAUAGUUCUAGCCCAAUUUGAGUGUAGCAUUUUUUCCCUCAGUGCCAUAGUUUUUAUGUUAAACCCUUGCUUGACGUGAUUGCACCAGGGUCAGACUACCUCAGUUCCGUGCUUCCAGGCCCUCAAGCUGUGAGAUUCAUUCCAGUGCCUUCUAAUGUACUGUACCUCUCAUCACAUUCUCCCUGACCAACAGGCCAUACUAGUGACUCGAAAGAUUUCAGCGUUACAUACAAAUAAGCUGCUCAGAAAGCUGCAGACUUCAGCGAGCUGAUUCUGACAUGACUGUCCAAAAGUCCCCAAGUCUAACAAAUCAAUCUGUGAUCUUUGUACUAUCCAUUUUUAUUGCUCAGCAUCAGGCACAGGGAUUCUGCAGCAUUGCACCUCAUAUACACUGUACACUUCCAGAGCUUCUUACCAUUGUAGCUUAAUAAAUUGGUGUAUUUUCUAACAUGGCUGGUUUUUACACAGUGCCUACCAAAAGAAAAAACACAUGAGCCAGGUCUGCUGCUUUC